UAUUCGUUACUUCCCAGCUGAAAUUAAUUUUAUUAAUUGGGAUUGGUUUGUCAUGGAAGGAAUAAGUAUAUAACUGACAAAAUGCGGUAUCGCCGGUUCCGAUAUUCCACUACAACAAUAACCAUCGUUUCCGUCGCCGUUUUCGUCACGGUUUUUAAUAUCUGCCUCAUCGUUCUUUAUCUGUUUUCUGUCCCCCCCUUGCGCUUUGCCACUUCCGGAGGGAUAUAUGCGUAUUCAACCCGAAAUGUUUUUCCACCACUGUUUGACAGUAAUGCAACGGACCCCGAACCGGAAUGCGGGGAGAGCAAAGGGAAAUUAUUAAAGACCGGUUGGGCGUUGAAACUGCUCAAUGUGGCCAUGAAAGAGCUGCGCCGCUACCGGAAACGGGAACUGGAGAAUAUGGAAGCGGGAAGGGAGCCGAAUGGCUACGCUGACAUCUUCACGGAUCUACAACCGAUCUUGGCGGCGUUCACGGCAGACGGCGAGAAGCCGAACCUUAUGGCACUGUUGCCCAAGAUACUGUCGGUUUACUUCAAAAUCAAGAACUCUGGAAUGUUCGAUUCCAGUCCGGGGAACGGCUUUGAGAAGAAUGACCAGCAGAAUGUGAAUCCGCAAAAUCUCCCUUUAGUUGAUUUUGAACUGCUUGAUAAGCUUUUGGCCCUUAAAAGUGGCAAAUUGAAAUAG